UCUAGCCACACCACUCUCGCGAACGUGCUCUCGCCGAACUUUGCUAUGGCCUCGGAACCAUCGGUUGUCAACCAGUUCCCGCCGGAGCUGCUCGCAGUAAUAUGUGCGCACGUUUAUACUUCCGGUCUACCUCCUCCGACACCCUCUCUCGACCCUCUCGUCUGUGCCGCUCAAUCUAGCACCCCGACUGCGCUGCCCUCAUCCUUCCCGCCCGCCUACUGGCCGGAAUCCGUCGUCCGAAGAACCCUCGCGAACCUCUGCCAAGUGAACAGGGCUUGGUACGAAGCCGCCAAGCCGCUUCUCUGGCGCAAGCUUGAAAUCCGUCUCCCUCGGAGCUGGCUCGCCAUAGUCGAGGAGGUCGCAGGGGGCGACGACGAGGACGUCAGCGAGGAGCAGGCCGCACUCAUGGUCGACCUGACCCUCCGCAAUGCCGAGACUGCUGCUCUGGCUGCACAGACACUCAUAGGGGAGUCAUCUGGUUUCGAGGCCGCUCUGGAACUCCAUGGCAAAGUCCUCGAGCGUCUCUCUGGCCCCGACAUCUCCAUACCACCAGAGCUGCUCACCCCUCCAGCCAGUCGAGAGCCGAGUCCUCGGCGCCUUAGGACGAAGAGCAGGUCGCCCGCGCGGUGGAAGCUCAUGCGCUCCAUCAGUGUUGCCGUACAGGACGUCAUGGAGCGCGCACACCCUGGCAUCUACGUACCGCCACCGCAUGAUCCUCACCCCGGACGAUUUGUGCGCCAUCUGGAUUUCAACCACUUCCGGACGAUCGGGAUGCGGCGCUUGGUCGAGGAGGGCGUCAACAACCGUUUCGUUACCGGAGACAGACUCGCGGCUGUGCUCAAGGAGCUGCCAAACCUUCUCGUCUUCGGCGCUACGGAGUACAUGGAUGGAGCACUCACCUUCCCCGUCUUGAAGGAGCUACUCCUGCGCGGUUCCGCCUCGCGUGGCCGCGGCCGCCCGUCAAGAGGUCGUGAUGUGGUCAUCCCCGACCCGAACGACCCCGAGCAGGAGGACCUCGCGCGCCGGCGGGAGUGCAAGGACCUCGAAGCGAUCGACCUCACCGGCUGCGUCAGCGGCGUCUUCGUCAGCGCGCUCUCGCAGUUCGUAAACACCUUCCUCCUUGGGCACUCCGAGUCGGACUCGAGCAGUGACAGCGAGGACGAGCGCGAGCGCCGUCCGCACCGGGGCCGGAACAUGAUCCAGGAGGAGCCGCUCAUCUUCCCGGGCAUGCGCCGGCUCGGUCUCCGUGGUGUCAAGUCGCUGCAGCCGCACAUCCUCGAGCCGCUCGUCGUCGCGUUCCCGCACCUCACCCAUCUCGAUCUCUCGUGCACCCGGAUAACCCCCGACGUCCUUGCGGCGCUGGGGGCGUCCCUCACGGUACGGCUGCAGUCGCUCGCCCUCGAGCGCUGCAACUGGCUCACUGGGGAGAGCAUCCGGAACUUCCUCAUCGAGGCGCCCGCCGCGCAGGAUAUCGAGGAGCUCUCGCUCUACGGCGACUGGACGUUCCCGUCCCCGCUCACGGAGGAGCAACUGCGUGAGAUCGUCGAGCUCGCGCCGUGCUUCAAGAACGGGCAGCUCGUAUAUCUCGACCUCUCCAGCGCCCCAGUUACCCGCGAGGUUCUCCUGGAUGUCUGCCCGGCCCAGCCGCGCCUCCGCUCGCUCGGGCUCUCGCACGUCCGAAACCUCGAGCUUCCCACCGUCGCCGAGUUCCUGCUCAACAAGGCGCCGAACGUGGAGGUGAUCACGCUCGUGACGUCCACGCAGGAGCUCGGGUACGGCGAGCUCGUCGUGUCCUCGCGCCAGGCGACGGUCGCGCUGCACACGCAGCUCAUCCGCCCGCUGUGCACGCCCCCGUUCUCGUUCAGCCUCACAUCGAAGCCGAAGGUGGAGCCGCCGCCGACGCGCCUGCGCGUCGUUGAGCUCGCACCGCCGCUCUUGACGAGUCUCGGCGCUGGGGCGGGAACGUGGCGGAUCGUGAGGAGCAAGGGCGGCCGGGGGUGGUACGUCGACGCCGCGAGCGGGUGGACCGCCGAGGCGUCUUCGGGUCUGGAUAGCCAGGCGAGCACAGGUAGCCUUUUGAGGAGGGACCUCGAGCCGACCCACCCGUGGCGUGUCGAGAUCGAGGCGCUCGCGGAUGCGAACGGCAAUGUGAGCAGCGGUGUCGGGUGGCAUGCACGGAAGAUGGAGGUCCUGCAUGGGGAUGGGCUCCUUGGCCGUGAGGCGGGCCUGUACGGUGCUGUGGCCUUUGCAUACCAGGGAUGAGUCGUCGCAUUAUCGCCGCUGCGUCUCGUUCUUUCCUCUGUCUUCCGUCUUCCCCGUAUACGGGUGUCAUUGGGUCCAGGGUUUCUCGUCGUCUUCUCUCCGCCUCUGCCCGCUGCUCUGCCAAAGUCGCAAUCGCUGCCCAAAAGUCCCAGUCUGAAAAUUCAGCUGCAUAUUCACGAUGCGGCGCAUCGCUUGUAAACCAUCUCAUUGCUGUACUUAUUCAUCCAUCGAACUCACUUACCGUAGCCACUCACCUACCCCAGUAGUCGUCCUCAUCUUCGCCCUCGUCCUGGAACUUACCCGGAUCGGAGUAUCCUUGCACCUGUACUAUGUUAUCGAAUCCUGCAUCUGUGAAAUAUAUGGGUCAUUUAUCAUUCC